AUGACCACGAUACAAAACCGAACCUAUGAGUUCCAGCAAUGUGUGGCAACAUUUGACAAGCUCAACAGAAAGCCGAAUCCAGAUACUGUGGUAUUGCCUCCUAAAAAAUCAAAGUUCAGCCAGCAAGCAAGUAUUAUUGCCAAAGACAUUGCCCACACCACCGAACUUUUGAGUAAAUUAGCAUUAUUAGCGAAGCGGAAGCCGUUAUUCGACGACAAGCCGAUUGAGAUAGGCGAACUCACCUAUGUGAUCAAGCAGGACUUGUUUAAAAUCGAGCAAAGCAUACAGAAUCUCGGCAAGUAUGUCAAGGGCGAAUCUUCGAUUCAAGUUGAUUCGCAAAUCAACCAAUACUCCAAGAAUGUGUUGAACCUUCUCAACACGAAGAUGAAGAACAUAAGUGGAGAAUUUAAAACCGUGCUUGAAACCAGACAGAAAAACGAGCUUCUUAACAAAUCCCGAACCGAAAACUUCCUCUCCGCCGCGUCCAACACUCGGUCGAGUCAUAACCAAUCGCCACUUGUAGCCGGAGCUUCGGUGGGAUCGGUACUGCCCAACGCCAAUAACCUUACUCAUUUGGGCGAGAAUCCAUUUCUGGGCCAAGCCCACAGAAGCGAAUCGCCUCUUCCAUAUGACCCCGACUUGGACCCCGAUACGUCCAUUCCAUACUCCAACUACAAUAAUGGCGAGUACUUGACAAUACCGGACCAAACACGCCAGAUGCUUCUUAUGGAGCAGCAGGACAAUCAAUACUUACAGGAGAGAAACGCUGCCGUGGACUUGAUCGAGUCGUCGAUCAACGAGGUGGGAAAUCUCUUCCAACAACUCACCACGAUGAUUAGCGAGCAGGGAGAGGUGGUACAACGAAUCGACCAAAACGUAGAAGACAUUAGCUUCAAUAUAACUGGAGCCCAGCGUGAACUUCUCAAAUACUAUGCCCAUAUCCUGAGUAACCGGUGGUUGUUUCUCAAAAUCUUUGGGGUUUUGAUCGUGUUCUUCUUCUUGUGGGUAUUGGUGAGUUAG